AUAAUAAUAAUAAUAAUGGAAAGAAACUGCUUUUUUUUUUUGUGGGGAAGAACGGUUAGGUAACUUUUAGAUAACAUUUAAACACUGCCUUGCUUACAGUGCUCUAAAUUUUAUGGCAAUUUUGCCAGUGUAAGAGUCCUGAUCUACUUAAAGCUGGGCAAACUGUAUUUUACAUACAAGACUCCACUUCUACUGCAAUUCUAGCUUUCCUGGUAUUUUGAAUCCUUGUUCAUGCACAGCUUAAACUGUCUCCCUGGCAGGCUACUAUGUGGCUGCUAGGAUGACAUACACUGCCUCAGCUCUAAUGAGAGGCAUUACUGCACAAAAGAACAGCACAACAAAACGUGCUCAACUAGACUGCGACAAUUUAACCAAAGUCAAGACUUCUAGGCAAAUCAAGCAAAGCAUCCAGAUUUUGUAUUCACAGUAUCCAUAGUUCUAUGAGACUGACCUACUCAGUUUUCAAGUGUCACCCUAUAAGCACUCUUCUUCAAUUCUGCUUCCAGUAGCACAGAAAGGAACCUUGCUAUAUGCUUUAUACAUAAAGAGAGAAAAUCUGUGCAGGAGUUGAGUUGUAUGCUGUCUGCAAGUGUUAACACUCCAGUUCUGGAGCUUAAUGACUUUCCAGUCACUGAAACAUAAAUACAGGUUAAUUUCCCAUUAUGACACAGAAAUUCAAAUUAGUUACUUUCUCACCCGUGGGAAAACGUCUAAAAAGCAAGUGAUAGGUCUUUUUUGGAAGAUCUUUUUACCUUUGCUUUUAGUACUACUACAGCAUGGCAAAGAACUACGCUUGCAAGCAAAACAUACCAAGCAUAGCAUGUGAUCAAAGAAAGGAUCACAUCUAGUCAACAGCAAAUGAACAUGACUGGCACUGGUGCCAGUCUUUGUUUCUUCAAUUUUCUUCCCGAUUCACAAAUGACUUGUGUAGUUUUAUCCAUUUUCAGUUUAUUUUAAUCUACCUUUCUUAGAGAAAUAGCUUUACAUCUGUGUAAGGUUUACACCGUACUUUGAAAAUGUUGCAGCUAUUGAUUCAUUGUACGAAUAAAAGAAAGUGCAUAUACUCUUCACAUACACACAUGAACACAUUCAAGAAUAUAAAACACAAAGUUACCCACUACCUCCAUUAUCACUCUCACAUUAAACUGCUAACAGAAGUUAAACAACUUUCAAAAAUACCAGCUUUAUAUAUAAAUCAUAUUUGCAUCAGACUGUGCCAAGUACUGACCAAACACAACAAAUUGAAUGAGGAUCUAUCAGUAACAGAUUAACCAGAUUAAUGUGUACGUAACAGUCUCAGCAUGGUACGUUGCUGCUGUUGGUUUCAAAGUUCAUGUAUGAACUUUUUCUCAGCACACAUGGUUUAUGAAUGAAGCUUGAAUAAAGAAAGAACUUCAGGAAAUAGAAGGUAAGCGACAAACUAUAAAAUUAACCUAAGCAUUUACGUGUAGACUGCAUAUAGGGGAAAAAGAACAAAAAUCCUUGGUUAUGACUGGGAGAGGAAAGAGUUAGAAGGAAGGAAUGUACAAAUUCAUGUCCUCCAUCUAAUAUUACAGCGUUACAGAAGAUGAAUUCAAUACACAUUUAGAUUGAUGAAUAAACUGGUAACAGUAAUUUCAUAAGGUGUCUUUUUUAAAAGGAAUAGGCAGAUAUUCUUAAGGUUAAAUGGGAACUGAUCACGGAAAAUUCUGUCAGAAAUGCCAAAUUCUCCAAGAAUGAUCCAUAUACAGAAUUCAGUGUUGGCUGUAACAAAAUUAAUAUUUUAACUUAACAGUUCUUGCAUGUUUGGCUUUGUACUGGAGUUAUUUCAAGAGACUGAUUUAGGCAUGGAUUUAAUAGGAAGGGGAAUCACUGAUCUGCUCAGGUAAAAAUUUGAAUAAAUUAACUGCAGGCAAUUCCACAAUCUCCAAGUACAUAAACACGCAAUAUUAAAAAACAACCAACCAACACGUAACACAUUGAGGUCAGUGUCACUGAUAACUUAAAAUAAACUGCUUAUUCACCAAUUUCUUUUUCAUCUGAAACAUCUGAGUGCAUUUGAUCAACCAGUAUUCCUCUGAGAAAAUUAACCUGCACCAAAAUCCAUUAGAUAAAGAAUAUAGAAAAGAUGAAAAUAAGAUGGCUUAUUUAUGAAGUCAUUUCCCCUCUCCAUCCACUAGCCUAUGCUCUUUUUUUCCACUGUGCUACAGAAGUCUAUAUGAUUGUGUAGAUUUCCAAUGUCUAAAGUCUAAAUUUGGGGACUGAACUUAGCAUUAGCUAGCUUCACUGUUUGUUUUUUUUUUUAAUUCAGACAUACUUCCUAUAUUUGCCUGUAUCAGAAUGCCCUUUUGAAUCAUUAUCUAUUGCAGUUUUAGUGGAAGCCAACAAAAGAUCUUCUCAGCUGUUCUCUGCUGCAGAAGCACUCCUUUAAAAGCUACUUCUCCCAUACUAUCUUCCCCCCCAACCCCAGCCCCUCAAAAAAACAAGUAAAGAUUUAGUCAUCUAGUAACAGCAGCACAUACUUAUCACUAUUUAACUUCUUCCUCCCCUAGUUUUCCUCCUUUUCUGUAACAUUCUUCUGCAUGCUAAUACUGUUUUCCACAGUUGUUUCUCAGCUCCUUUUCCUCUAUUCUUUUUGCCCAUCCUAAGCUUUAUCUACUUUACUGUGUUCCUAAAUCUCUUCUGAAACCUGACUCUUUCCCAGCUCUUCAGCCUUCAGCAGUGCAGAAGUGCUGCCUAUCAGGCUGCUCUCCUUGUUGUGAGAACUAGCAGGGAGUCUUACUCCUUCUGAGUGGGAGACUGGAGGAGGACAGCAAAGAUCUGUCCUUGGAUCAGAAGUAUGCACGUGCUGCAUUGAAUGACUACAGCAUACACUCCUUAAAGAUUUCAGGCAAUGAAAGGCACUCAAAAGAGACUGAAUUUUGACAUUUUUGCAGGAUUGUUUAAGUUGUUGUCUGAAACAGCUCAUGUUAUUCCUUCUUCACUUAAUGACAGGUUUGCAGAUAAAAAACAAAGACAAUGGCAGACAGCAAUGAGAUGACUAUCAACCUUGUAGUCCUUGGAAGAAGUCAGACUGGCAAAAGUGCUGCUGGGAACAGCCUGCUAGGCAGCUUGGACUUCAAAAGCCAUCUCUCCCCAAGCUCAGUGACUACUUGUUGCAGCCUUGGGCACAGCUGCCGUAUUUUGGGGAUUACACGAAGAAAUGGCUGUGAGCUAGCUCUCCGCAUUCGGGUACUUGACACUCCAAGCUACCCUCACAGCAGCCUGAGCAAAGAGCAGGUGAAACACACAGUGCAAUCUGCCCUGGCUCACCACUUCAGGGAGGAAGGUCUGCAUCUCGCUCUAUUAGUCCUGAGGGCUGACUUGCCUUUGUGUCCAGAUGAAAACGAUCACACAAUUCAGUUCAUCCAGGAACUUCUAGGUCCCACAUGGAAGGAUUUCACUGCAGUUUUACUUACUCAUGCAGACAAGGCAGAAGAAGCUGGAUUCAGUGAGGAAGCGUAUUUGCACAGCGCCUCAAGUACCCUGUUGUCGCUACUGAGCACAGUACAACAUAAAUAUGUUUUCCUAGACAGCCAGAAGAGCAUAAUUAAAGAGGAAAGAGCUACUGUCUUAAGAAAGCUCUUGAAUUUUGUAAGACAAAAUAAUUAUCGAGUGCUACUUAAACAUGACAAGGAAUAAAAUUAGCUUUCAGGUGUUCAUUUGUCUAUUUUCAAUGCUAUAUAACAUCUAAUAAAACAGUAGAAAAGACAGUAACUGGAAUUUUCAACAACCCCACCAAAUACUUCUGAACAUACAACUGGAAAUACCUCUGUAGAUUACCAACCUACUUGCCCUUCAUAGAGUACCUCACACUACUGCAUCCAGAAUCUGAGUUUCAACCACAAAUGAGAACAAGCUAGUGCUCUAAAUCAUGCUCCUAAUACGCGCAUAGUCAGUAAUAAGAUUUUAUGCAACACCUAUUGUAUGUUGUAGUUCAUACAGAACACACAUCUGGAAAAAAAAGCACAUUAAAAACCUUUCCAGUAUUAAAAUUUAAGAUUUACCUACUGUGAAGGUAUUUACUUUCCUUGAAUCAAAGGUUAAAACUGAGAUUUUUGAACUUCAAGAAUUUUGUUUAAUAAGAUAUUACUGGAUACACUGUUUACAGGGCAGAUAAAAUAGUUCCCCCUGUGCUUAAUGCUAUUUGACACAUUUAGAAUAACUUAGUUGCUGCUGCUUAAUCCCUGAUGCAUGAAAAAUUAGCACAGUUAAGUGUAUAGGCAUAUACAGAACUCAUCCAAAAAAGAAAUCUAUUAAUUCUUUCUUUUGUGUUUGUCUCCUUUAAAUUUUGCAUCAUUACCACUUUGAUUUUAUCUCCCAGAUUACUAUAUUAAGUUCAAAGCCUGCAAAAUUCAGGUUGGGUAAGUUUCUUACAUCAGUGGUUAGAAAAGUGCUUGCCGUGAGUAGUUCAGUAGACAGUUAAUUAAACAGUAUAUGCUGAAACAUGUGAAGAGUCUCUAAAUAGUUACUUUUCAAGUUUUAUUGUGAAUUGAUCUGCAGCAGUUACUUUCAGAUUAUUGAAAGCCAAAUGUUAAAAGGAGUAAUUUAAGGCUAUCACCAUUUAAGGAUUUCACCACAGUAGUUGUGAGUACUUUAAAUACAUUAUUAUGGAACAAUUCAAAUAAAAGCCAAUGAAGCAACUUCUGUUAAAAAUCAAAGCAUAUUUCAUACAAAAUAUUAUUCAAAAGACACAUAAAAAUGGAAAAAAAAUCAAUUUAUAUGUUUUGAGCAUUGAACACUAAUUUAUUUUUUUUUUUGUAUUUGACUACAUUUUAUUGGCAACCCAUUAGCUACUCAUCCUCCUGUAGUACUCUCCC